ACGGACCGUGAAGCUCGACGUACCCGGGGACAUCUUGUCAAACGGAUUGUUGGGACGCAAGAGGAUUCCCUGUCGUUAACUUCCAACUUGGCCCAGCGGGACACCGUAAUCUUUAACCAUCCCUUGUUCUUUUCUCUUAGCUUUCAGGAUGUAAAGGAACAGUUGGUCCGUUUAUCAUAAAAAGGUCAGAGUGAGAGACCAAAUGAACUCUUCCUCACCUCAUCCUCACGCCAUGUUUGUAAAUUAACUACUGAAAGACAAACGUUGCACCUGACAAACACUGAUAUUAUUCACGUCGUGAACGAUGGUUACACACGUUAGCUAACAUAAGCUAACAAUUCCUGCCACCGUUCCCAAAACUAAUUAUCACCCAGCAAACGUGUAAUUGCCGACAGCUCAACGCUACUUCCGGGUCUUCGCACCGUUGCUUUGGAAUGGGGAGAUACCCCUCUUGCCGUGAAGAUAUCGUUGGCUCCACAAGACACGAGCUUUCUGAAUGACAUUUCACCACCAAGAUAAACAAGUAAGUGACCAACUGCAGUAUGCGGUACGGCCGUUAAGCCAGCCACGCGUCCUUCGCUCGCGCAGUUUACGUGAGCGAACUGGACAUGGAAUACCUGAGGAAACCCCUCGCGACCCUCCCUCAACUCUGGAAGCCCCUCAGGUGCGCUCCAUCCAAAUACUGUUCUAAAUUAGCCAACGGCGGCGUGACCUCCAGAGAGAGGAGGACGGCGACCGCAGACCGGUUCAAGGCUCAGAUAUCCUCCGGUCCGAGUUUUCAAGAUUUCAUCAAAGGGGCUCCGGUUGUUCGCGAGACUCGCCCCGCGGUUGACGAAGAGGGCUCCGGGGAACGCGGUUACCUCCCCGAGGACUCGGAGACGGGGAGCUCGAGAAGAGUGUACUUCGAAACCUACGGAUGUCAAAUGAACGUGAACGACACGGAGAUAGCCUGGUCCAUACUGCAGAGGAAGGGCUACCGACGCACGGCGGACUUAGGAGAGGCAGACGUUGUCCUUCUGGUAACAUGCUCGAUCAGAGAAAAAGCCGAACAGACCAUUUGGAAUAGACUACGACAACUGACGGCGAUGAAGAAGAGGCGGCUGAAGACCCCAACGCCGAUGAAAAUUGGGAUUUUGGGGUGCAUGGCGGAGCGGCUCAAGACGGAGCUGCUGGAGCGAGAGAAGCUCGUGGACGUCAUCGCGGGUCCGGACGCCUACCGGGACCUCCCCCGCCUCUUGGCCGUGGCUCACGGAGGUCAACGCGCAAGCAACGUGCUGCUGUCGCUGGAGGAGACCUACGCUGACGUCAUGCCCGUCCACCAUGCUCCCCAUGGAAAAAGUGCUUUUGUGUCCAUCAUGCGAGGCUGCGACAACAUGUGCAGUUACUGCAUCGUUCCCUUCACUCGCGGGAGAGAGAGGAGUCGACCCGCCAGCUCUGUGCUGGAGGAAGUUCGUCUGCUGUCCGACCAGGGUGUGAAGGAGGUGACUCUGCUGGGUCAGAACGUGAACAGCUACAGAGACACGUCGGAGGAGCAGUUCUGCGGCUCAGACCCGACCAAGCUCAGCCAGGGGUUCAAGACCGUGUACAGGGCAAAGCAGGGCGGUCUGCGCUUCUCCGACCUGCUGGACCGAGUGUCGCGCAUCGAUUCAGACAUGAGGAUCAGAUUCACCUCUCCUCAUCCCAAGGAUUUCCCUGACGAGGUAUUGCACCUGAUCGCGGAGCGUGGGAACAUCUGUAAGCAGAUCCACCUUCCAGCCCAGAGCGGCAGCAGCGAGGUCCUGACGGCGAUGCGGCGCGGCUACACAAGAGAGGCCUACCUCGAUCUUGUGGAGAACGUAAAGAGAAUCAUCCCCGAGGUGAGUCUCAGCAGUGACUUCAUCUCAGGCUUCUGUGGCGAAACGGAGGACGACCACCAGCAGACCCUGUCUCUGAUCCGAGAGGUGGGCUACAAUGUGGGGUUUCUGUUUGCCUACAGCAUGAGAAAGAAAACCCACGCCUCUCAUCGGCUACAAGAUGACGUGCCGGCUGAGGUGAAGCGGCGGAGGCUGGAGGAGUGCAUCGGUGCGUUCAGAGAGGAAGCGGCGAGGGUCAACGCCGCGCUGAUUGGCAGCACACAGCUCGUACUGGUGGAGGGAGAAAGUAAAAGAUCUGCCAAGGACUUGUGUGGGAGAACGGACGGCAACAUGAAAGUGAUUUUCCCCAGAGAGGAUGUUGCCAUUCAGCCUGCAGCAUCCAACGCUGCGUCGGUCCAUGCUGGGCACUAUGUGCUGGUGAAGAUAUUGUCGUCCAGCUCCCAAAGCCUGAGAGGCCGAGCCCUCAGUCACAGCUCCCUGAGCGGCACAGUGAAGCACUGCGAGACUCUGCCGAGGCACCGGCUCCAUGAACAUGCGGCCUCGGACACGACCAUGAUUGAAACGUGCCCCUGACACGAAACGAGCUGGCGCGGGGACACUUCCUUCUUCUCUUGAAACACUUUGAAGAGGCAUCAAGACUGUUUUUACGGGACAUUUUUACUCAUCUGUCACGUUGGACUAUUUGAAUGUUGUUUAUAGUGUGUGUGUGUGUGUGUGUGCGUGCGUGUGCACGUACACAUGUGUGCUAAGCAAUGCACUGCUGUGUACAGGGACAGCAGCAAUAUUGGAAACUGACUUUCAACUGACUGACCUCAAUAGCGUCCCGCUUAUGCUUAUCCAUGGUGGAAAAUCAUGUGUAUUUAUCACUCUUCUUUAUCAAUAAAUAAUGUUUAUAUGCCUCUGUA